AUGCACGAAAAGCGGACGGUAGCGGCCAAGGCCAACAGCGAUACGACGACCCGAAACUCUCUCGAUCGCACCUCGUCCCAGACGUCCAAGGAGGCCGAGAGCCAGCAGGUCGCCGAGGCGGCCAAGGCGGUCGACGUCGAUGUCGAACGGGCCGCCUCCGAAGGCGGUCCAAAGGCGGCCGCCCCGCCGUCGGGCGACUUUCCCGACGGCGGCGCCGACGCCUGGCUCGUCGUCUUUGGCGGAUGGUGCGCGCUGUUUUGCACCUUUGGCCUCGUCAACUGCGUCGGCGUCUUCGAGCACUACUACGUCACGGGGCCCCUGAAGCAGUAUUCGAGCUCCACCGUCAGCUGGAUCCCCUCGGUCCAGGUCUUUGUCAUGAUCUUUUGCGGCACCGUGUUUGGGCGCCUCUUUGACAGCUUCGGCCCCCGCUGGCUCCUCUGGGGAGGUUCGGUCGCCUACGUCUUUGGGCUCAUGAUGGUCUCCCUCUCGUCCCGGUACUACCAGUUCUUCCUCGCCCAGUCCAUCGUCGGCUCCGUCGGCUCCAGCGCCGUCUUCAACUGCUGCAUGGCCUCUCUCGUCACGUGGUUCUCCAAGAAUCGCGCCGCCGCCUUCGGCGUCAUGGUCUCGGGCUCCUCCCUCGGCGGCGUCGUCCUGCCCAUCAUGAUGUCAAGGCUCAUCGACAGCAUCGGCUUCCCCUGGAUGAUGCGCAGCAUGGCCUUCAUGUUCCUCGGCCUCCUCGUCAUCGCCUGCUUGACGGUCAAGUCGCGUCUGCCGCCGAACCCGAAGCCGUUCAAGAUUUCCGAAUACCUCGCCAACCUAAAGGACGUGCGCUUGAUGGUGACGGUCGUCGGUUUCUUUCUCUUCAUGUGGGGCAUGUUUCUGCCCUUCAACUACAUCCUGCUGCAGGCCGGGGCCGCCGGCACGUCGCCGACGCUGAUUCCCUACCUGCUGCCCAUCCUGAAUGCCGUGAGCAUCUUUGGCCGCAUCAUCCCGGGCAUCGCGGCCGACCGCAUGGGCCGUUACAACGUCAUGAUCAUCAUCACCUUCAUCUCUGCCCUCUUCUGCCUCGCCAUAUGGAUCCCCGUCAAGAACACGGCCGGCAUCCUCGUCUUCAUGAUCAUCUUCGGCUUCUCCUCGGGCGGCUUCAUCUCCCUCGGCCCCGCCUGCAUCGCCCAGAUAUCCGACAUCCGCGAGAUCGGCACGCGCGUCGGCGUCGCCUUUGCCAUCCAGUCCCUCGGCGCUCUGACAGGCAGCCCCAUCGGCGGCGCCAUCGUGUCGGCCCAAAACGGCAGCUUCUUGGGCCUCCAACUCUUCUGCGGCUUCUCCAUGCUCGCCGGUUCCGCGGUCAUCUUGGUCGCCCGCUGCACCCUCGCCGGCUUCAAGCUCACCAAGGUCUGA